GGCAGAUGACUAGUUAGUGCCUCACCAGUUAAUUAGCACCCCGAGGGUCUAAUCAGGUUUCGAAGCUAGCUGGAGUAGCUCGAAGAAGAAACAAGCUAGAGCCACCGUACCGUAGAGAAUUGUCAUGGAGAAACCCAGGAAACCAAGCUUCCCACCACACAGACGACUGCAGUCAGUGGACGUCAAGAAGUCGUCUUCUUCGCUCAACAUGUCUACGUCUUCUCUCAGGAGCAUCAACGAGGACGACGGGGAGACUGCCGCCGUGGUCCAAGCGGGCAGGAGGCCGGCCGUCGUGAGGUUUGCUCCUCCUACCCCUACACCUUCUCGGCCGUCGUCGUCGGCAGGGACGAGGAGGAGUUCGCUUGCGGCGUCAGGGCAGGCGCCCAAGCCAAUGGCGCCUGCACCGGCUGCGACUGCACGUCCGGCUUCAUCUUCCGGACGGAAGGCGGCGGCCAGGUCGUCGCCUGCGGAGUCCGGGCCGAAGGGGAUGAGGAGGAGCUGGGGGUGGACUGCCACCGCGGGCGAGAAGGAGAGGGAGAACGGUGCACCGAUCAGUUCGUCGAGGGUCGAGGGGACGGCGACGCAAGCGCGGAGUUCCUCGGUUCCAAGAAGAAUGCUGGCAGAAGAGAAACCCCUGCAGAAAAGAGAGAGCAGGACCAAUAUCAUUUCCAGGACCAAGGCAAAACCAAGUGCGUCUCCUAAACCAGAUGUUCUCCACAAAUCCGGCGCCCAGAGAAACCUGAACAUCGCAGGCAAAAACAGUGUGAAGGUCCUUCCCAGCUGUGUAUCACCGGACAACUUGGUCAAGGUUUCGACAUCGACGACGAAAGGAGCCUCUUGGGAGUCGCUUCCAUCGGCCCUCCAGACUCUCGGAUCGGGAGUGAUGAGUUACAGGGACGCUGUAGAGAUGGCUGCUGUAGAGGCCAUGCAGGAGGCUUCUGCUGCAGAGAUUGUGCUCAGGUGUCUCAGUGCCUUCGCGGAUCUGGCCGCCUCCGCCGCCAAGCAGUCGCCGCAGGACACCGUGGACGAGUUUUUCGCGCUCCAGGCUGCGAUCACCCGCUCCACCGCCGCUCUCGACAGCCAGCAGAAGCGAAAUGGCCACGCCGGCGAGUGGCUGCAUGCGGCCGUCACUUCCAACCUGGCGCCUUUCUUGCUCUACGCCGCCGCGUCGUCGUCCAGGAAGCAGGGCACGGGAUCGCCAAGGACGGUGGCCGCCGCCGAGGAGGAGACCGUCAUGUGGCUGGAGACGGCGGCGAGGGAGCUCAGGGAGGAGAUGUGCGCGUGGUUUGUUGGGCACGUGGAGCGGCUGCUCGACGACAACGUGGCCGGGACGCUGGGGCAGCUCAAGAGGGUGAACGACUGGCUGGAUGACGGCGUCGGGUUGCGGCCGGGUGAGGCUCUCGAGCGCCUGAGGAAGAAGAUCUUCGGGUACCUUCUGGACCACGUGGAGUCGGCGGUCGUCGCGCUAAAUGGCGGCGUUGCUAGCAACCGGAACCGGAGAAAAUAGACAGACCGGAGUAUGUAAAACUACAUUUCUCUUUUCUUCUUGGUCUCAAAAAAAGGACGUGGAAACAGAUAGAAACUCUUGAAUGGAAAUGGAAAAGAAAUGUAGCCCAGUUCCUUCGGAAA